AUGGAGGAAGGGGCAGGGAGGAGAGGGAUCCCUUCGCUGCUGAAAUCACAGGUGCCGGCUGAAAUCGAAGCCGCUUCUCUGCAGCAGGAGCACAUCGCCUCUGAUAUUACCCAGCUUGUAGGAUGGACGCCACUGAUAGAACUGAAGAGAAUAGCUGAGAAGGACAAUGUCAACGCGCGGAUUGUUGGCAAGCUGGAGUGCUACCAGCCCCUCUGCUCCGUCAAGGACCGCAGCGCUCUGAGAAUGAUUGAAGAUGCAGAGGAGAAAGGGCUGAUCUCGCCUGGCAUCACAACACUGGUUGAGCCGACGAGCGGCAAUAUGGGCAUAGGUCUGGCGUACAUUGCUUUGACCAGAGGUUACAGAUUCGUUGCAGUCAUGCCUGCCGAGUACUCACUUGACAAGCAGAUCUUGCUGAGAUACCUGGGAGCCAAUUUGGUGUUAACGGAUCCUACGCUUGGCUUUCAUGGACAACUUGACAAGGUGGAACAGCUCAAGAAAGAAAUACCCAAUGUGCAUGUUCUUGACCAGUUUGCAAACGCAGCAAAUCCUGAAGCACACUUUAAAUGGACUGGACCUGAGAUUUGGAAGGAUACAGCAGGCAAAGUAGACAUCUUUGUGGCCGGUUCAGGCACAGGAGGUACUGUUUCUGGUGUCGGCAAAUACUUGAAGGUGAAGAACCCAGCUGUGAAGGUCAUUUGUGUUGAGCCUUCUGAGAGUCCAGUUAUUUCAGGUGGCAAGCCUUCUAGGCAUAAAAUUCAGGGAGUCGGCCCAGGAUUUGUGCCCAAGAACUUGGACACCUCAAUCACUGAUGAGAUCAUUACAGUAACUGCAGAAGAUGCAAUGGCAAACGCUAGGAGGUUGGCCAGGGAAGAGGGCCUGCUAGUUGGCAUAUCAUCUGGAGCAAAUCUGGCAGCUUGCCUGAAGGUGGCAUCAAGACAAGAGAACAAAGGGAAGAUGAUUGUCACUGUGUUUCCUAGUGGUGGCGAGAGAUACAUGAACUCCGAUCUCUUUGCAGCUAUAAGAGAGGAAUGCAUCGCCAUGACCUUCUGA